UCCUAUCCAAAGGAAGGUCAGCUGGAGCUGGGAAAUUUUUAUGAAUUUUAUGUCAGUUUUUGUGAAGAUUUGCAAAUUAAAAUUUUCCCUAAGAGUAAUGUCAAAAUCUCGUCUAUCGCCCUUAAGAAAAGUGUACCUAGUAAUUAGUUGUUAAAUAUAGUGAACAUGGUCCGCGAAAGAACCUCAUUUCCUCAAGAACCUUGUCUCCGCUGAUAAGGAUAAGAUUCUUAUCAAGUUCUAGUUGACAGCUGAGCAAUAUGUUAAUAAAUAUAAAGCAGUUUUACUCGCGAAUUUUUCGUUAAAAUUAAAAUGUUUUACUUUGAGAAUUUUUUCGUAAGUUUUUUACUCAGUGUUGUGAUCUUGACGACCCAAACAUGCUCAUCCAAAGAACAAAAACAUAUGAGUUCCAAAGAAAGAAUACAAUUAAGGGAAGAAGCCAGGGAUAUGUUUUAUCAUGCAUACAAUGCCUAUAUGUAUAACGCAUAUCCAGCUGAUGAAUUGAUGCCCCUAAGUUGUGCUGGACGCUACAGGGGGAUAUCUCCAAACCGUGGAGAUAUUGAUGAUUCAUUAGGAAAUUUUUCGUUAACUUUAAUCGACACAUUAGAUACUCUUGCUAUUUUUGGAGAUCUCGAAGAAUUCGAACACGCUGUCAAAUUGGUUAUCAAAGAUGUUAAUUUUGAUAACGAUGUCGUUGUUUCAGUUUUUGAAACCAACAUUAGAGUCGUUGGCGGAUUACUGUCAGCACACAUCCUGUCGGAAUAUUUGCAACAAAGAGAUGGGAUAAUGCCUUGGUAUAAAGGAGAACUCUUAAACAUGGCCAAAGAUGUUGGAUACCGUUUGUUACCAGCUUUUAAUACAACUACCGGAAUACCUCAUUCUAGGGUAAAUAUGAAAUACGGAUUGAAAAGCGAUCGACUGGAAUCCGCUAGGGAAACAUGCACUGCUUGCGCGGGAUCCAUGAUAUUAGAGAUGGCAGCACUGUCACGGUUAACCGGAGAACCCAUAUUCGAAAUGAAAGCCCAAAAAGCUAUGGAUGAGCUGUGGAAGAUGCGUCAUCGUAGCUCUGAUCUCAUGGGUACCGUUUUGAACGUCCAUUCCGGCGACUGGGUUCGUAGAGAUUCUGGCGUUGGAGCUGGAAUAGAUUCCUACUACGAAUAUUGUUUAAAGGCGUAUAUACUACUAGGAGACAACAAAUACCUUAAUAGGUUUAACAGGCAUUAUAAUGCUGUCAUGAAAUAUAUUUCUCAGGGACCAAUGUUGUUGGAUGUACAUAUGCACAGACCACAUACGAAUUCCCGAAACUACAUGGACGCGUUACUGGCGUUUUGGCCAGGCCUUCAAGUCCUCAAAGGAGACAUUAAACCUGCCGUGGAAACUCACGAGAUGCUAUACCAAGUGAUGCAGCGUCAUAAGUUCAUUCCAGAAGCUUUCACUACCGAUUUCCAAGUCCAUUGGGGCAACCAUCCUCUCCGACCCGAGUUUUUAGAGUCUACGUAUUUUCUUUACAUCGCCACCGGGGAUCCAUACUACUUAGAGGUAGGGAAAAACGUCUUAAAAAGCUUACAGAAAUACGCCAGAGUGCCUUGCGGUUACGCCGCCGUCAAUGACGUCAGAACCGGUAAGAAAGAGGACAGAAUGGAUUCGUUCGUACUAGCCGAAACGUUUAAGUAUCUCUUUUUAUUGUUCGCCAAUAAAGAUGAUCUCAUUUUAAACUUGGACGAGUUUCUGUUCACGACUGAAGGACAUUUGCUACCUCUUACUCUCUCUGGACGAACUAUUAAUGGAAGCAAAACAGUGGACAUGGAUAUAGAUGGAUUCGAAUUCGACCGCACAUGUCCAAACACGUUACGUUUGUUUCCUGAAUCAUUUAGAAAACCGCUGCAAAAUAUGGUGGACGGCAUGUGCCCGAAAAGGUCCCAAAAGAGAAGACUGACUGCCUCAGAAUUCUCCGCGGCCAACCUCAAUCAUUUGAAGAUAAUCAAAGAUAUGGGUAUAAAUAUCAUAGCGUUGAAUGAUGGAAGAGUUCAGUUGUUGCAUACGUUUUCAGCAGCCCGAUCUGCAGCAGACGCCGAAGAGGGACUCUUGUUCAUGCAAGAGAUGGUCGAACUAUCCAAACUCCAAUCCCAACAGCCAGAACCAUCAGCUCAAGCCAUCAGUAUUCCAGUCUUAGGUUCCAAAGAAGACGAACAACUCAUAGUCCUCCACGCCGGCCCCUCCCAAUUCGGCAAAAACCUCAAAGGAAACCAGCACGUCACAGCUCAGGUGGUGCUAGUCAGACCAUCUCGGGGAUGUGAACCGCCUCAAGAACCUAGUGCUUUGAAAGGAAAAAUCGCGAUUGUGGACAGGGGUGAGUGUAUGUUCGUGGAUAAAGUUAGAGCGAUGCAGAAGUACGGUGCGAUAGCGGCUGUGAUUUUAGAUAACGCUCCCGGCAGCAGUGCUGCCAACUCUCCGAUGUUCUCCAUGUCAGGUGACGGUAACGAUGAUGUCAAAAUACCUGCAGUGUUCCUAUUUACUCAAGAAGCUUCCAAACUUCUGUUAGCUGUAAACAAAGAUCCCCAAGUCGAAAUCACCAUAAGGGAGCUCAAAGACUCCGAUAACUUCUCGCAAAACGAAGAGGAAAGUAUGUUUCAGAAACUGAAAAUAUCCGUCCAGGAAUUCCUCAACAAACACACAGGUAUUGCUUUCACGAAGACUGUAGAACUUGGUGGGUUUCGAGCGAAUAUAGGAAACAACAAAGUGAGGAUUACGUACGAAGGAGAUCAGCAAGACUUUACUCCGAUUAAGGAGACCACCGUCAACGAGCAAUGGAGCAAGAUCAGAAAAGGUCUCUUGAAGUCGAUCCUCACCUCUGAAAAUAAGGAACUGUUAGUGCCUCUUAAUAUUUUAAGGAUCUAUUACCAGACUCUAAGUGGUGUUUCCGCUAAAGAUGUAUCUAAAGUAGACAUCGUGAAGCAAACGGAGUGGUUGCUGGAGGAUUUGUCCAAAGAGCUCAAGAAGAAAGACGACGACUUGGUGCAAUUGGAAUCAGAUCCAGAAAUAACCAUAAUCACGGAGAUGACGGAAACCGACAAGGACGCUCUGGUCAACGAAAACGAAAACAAGAGGCGGAAAGAAAUCAGUUCGUUUCUGGAGGAAGAAAUGAACAAGAUAGACGAAGUGUUUAACAAACUUAAAAUCAAAGUAAACGAUGAUAUCAUAGUUGGUGAUUUAGCUAAAAGUGUUAACCAAAUCAAACAAGAAAAAAUUAGGAACAAUAAAGUUAAAAGUAAGCAUUCGAUCGAUGAGUUAUGAUGAAUGUAAGAUUGUGUUUAGUUGCGAUAUCGAUUGAUUGAAGCGGUAUAUUAAUUUGUCCGUGACAAGACAUCUCGUGACGCGACAGUCGUAACCCCACAAAAUGUAACGCCGCCAAUUCGUAACGGCGACAGUUCGUAACUGUACAAUUCGUAACGUCAAAAUUUGAUUACUCUGUUUUUGUUAACGUGGAAACUAACUUGUAUUACAGUUACAAUCGAUAUUACGUUUAACAAUUUAACGAACCAAUAUUAAGAUAAAAAUUUUUGACGCAUUUCAUAUUUCAUACAGAAAUAAAUUUUUAAAAGUAUAGUAAAUUAAUUAAUAAUUAAUUGAACUGUUUUUAUUUAUUUCAUUAUUUUUUACACUUUGUUUUACUACUUUAAAGUGAUAAUUCAAGAUAAAAAAUAAAAAAAAUCGUUAGUUGUCAUAUUAAUAAGAAUAUAUGCAAAAUUAUUUGUGAAAUGUAGUUAAAAAGAAGGGGUCUUAAAAAAGAACCAUUCCUUUUAAAUACAGGAAUGUAUACAAAAUGCAUUUUUGUAUAAAUUCAGUAACACUAAAUUUGCUAAAAAAAAUUACAUGCUGGCGUUACGAAUUUUACCGUUACGAAUAUGUAUAGUUACAAACUGUCGCCGUUACGAACUCACGCUAUUAUCAUUUGUCGGGUUACGAGCUACGCUCGAGCUGUCGCGUUACGAGAUGUCAUAGAACCUAAUUUGUCCAAAGUAUUGUAAGGAUUUUCGAAAAAAGUUCAGAGCUGAAAACUCGCUAUAAAUAUACAUAUAAUAUUAUUGUUUUUAAGUACAAAUCUGAUCUUUUGAGAAAGAUUUUUGCAUUUUAAAGUUUAUUUAUAUUUAAUAAAAAAUUUAUUUGUAUAAACUGAAAAAAAUUCUGUAUUUCCUUUACUUUAUUGCUUUUACUUGGUCUAUUUUCCUCCUUUUACCAUGUUUGAUUUUACUGGAGCGACUCCCGCUCUUAUCCUAUUAAUAGUUUUCCACGUUUUAAACUCUAGAGAUUGGCCGGUCCAUUGAACCUGGGGAAGAGGAAAAUACUCAGGCGGUUCAUCCUGUACUGUCCAAGGAGCUUUAUAUAGAGCAGGGGUUGGCAAAGUGCGGCCCUCGGGCCGCAUGCGGCCCGCGGAAAAGAAGUGAAUUAUUUUCAUUUAAAGAUUUUUUUAAUUAUUUCUAAUAUUAAUAAAUAAAUGUAGAUAAUGAAGCUAUUAAUUAACACUUUCGCAGCGGGUGAUUUUUUCGUAAAUUUUCAACAUAACGCGGGCAAUUAUUUGGGUUUCCGGUUUCCGGCAGAGUUUUGUCGGUUCCCUGAAUGAAAUCCACGAAAUUUCAACAAAUGGAAACGAUAUUUUUGAAGUAGUCUGGAACUGUUUGGAAAAUUUUAAAUUAACGCUAUAACCACCUAGUAAGAGUAACAACUGACGGAGCACCGAAUUUAAGAGGAGCAAAUAUUGUAAUGUUGAGAAAACUUUAAGAUUACGUCCAUGAACAAUUUUCAGAACAUCAGUUAUUAUUUUUCAUUGCUUAAUCAAUGAGCAGGUGUUGUGCAAAAAUGUUUUGCAAGUAGUCGACGAGAACGACAUUUCAAUUAUAACUAUUAUUGUUAAUAAUUAUUCGUUCAAUAGGAUUAAAUCAUCGAGCAUAUUUUUAUAUUAUUUAAUUCUUUUAAAGAAAACAAAAACAAUGAAGGGAAUCUAAGAUUUUUCAAAUUGAUAACUUUGUUUAUUUUGAUUUAAAUGACUCGUGUUGCAUAUUACGUAUGAUGCGUGUUUACAUCUAUUUAAGCACGGAAUUUCCCUUCAAAUAUUUAAGUAACUAAUAGCCAUGUGAACAUAUAAUUUAUUAUUUUAUUUGGAAAUAAGCCACAAUUUAAGUUUGAAAUUAAAUUUGUUUUACGUUUCCAUUUCCACUUCGGAAAUUGUUAUCAAAAUACAAAACAUUAAUAAAUUAAACUAAUUAACACAUUCGCGGUCAUGACUGCAUAUGAAGUCAUUUACUCCAUAAGAAUACGUGUAUAAAAUGACAGCGUGUCCGCGAAUGUGUUAAGUAAAUGCUAAAUUUAUAAAUGUUUUGUAUUUUAUAACGAUUUCCGAAGUGGAAAUCGAAACGUCAAAUAAAUUUAAUUUCAAACUUAAAUUGUGGCUUAUUCCCAAAUAAAAUAGUAAAUUGCAUAAGAUGUCACAAGGAAAUAGCUUCAGAACAAUAUUAGGGAAAAAAGAAAUAGGUUCAUAGAUAAAAUAAAAAUAGCAUAUAAUAGAUACACGUAUAUUUAAGGGAAAUACCAUGCUUAAUAAGUGCGAAUGCUGUUUAGGGGGGACGGGUACGGUUUGAAAAAUUUGAAAUUUUUGAUUUUUUUUUUAUUAUUUCAAAUGAAAGUACAUAAAUAAAUAAACUUCAAGACUACUCUCUAAAAUUUUCAGCUUGACCGGAGUAAAAUUACCGGAAGUAAAGCAUGUUUAAUAUCCCUACCUUUGACUCGCUUUGCAGUAGCUUGAGCGUAGUGAGAUACGUUCAACAGCUGUCCCCAUCUCUUUUGUAAAUUACUCUACGAUUUGAAAACAUAUUCCGGCGUGCAUCACUUUACGAUUUGGCAGAAAAAAAAACAAAUUGAAAUAAAAGUUGUCAAACCAAACGCGUUUUUCUCAAAACUGCUUUUUUCAAAGGCAGUGGACAUUGUAACUCAAAAACUACCUACUUGACAGAUCCACCUGAAAUUUUUCAUAGAUUUUCUUUAGACAUUUCUUGAGGUAAUUCUGUCGAGAUAUGUUUUGGUUAACAAUAAUAAAUAUGUUGAUUUUCACCCUUUUUUACAAAAAUUUCGUUAUUUUGACUUGUAUUUUGAGUGAUAUCACAACUCAAAAAUCGUUAAAACUAAAAAAACUGAACAGCGUUACCUCGAGAAACUCAUAAACUAAUAAAAUAUUUUUGAAUUUUGUGUUUCGUAUGAUCAAUUGACGAGUUCUACUGCAAAAUCCAUUUUUUUGGAGCUGGCUGUAAACAUUUGCCACUGCUGGCUUAUUUUUCAAUAUUUGGUCUCGAAUUUUUUUUUAAUAAUCUUUGAGUUGUACUGAAUAUGUUUAUUUAAUUUAAAAAUAAAAUAAUUUUACCAUAAUUUCAAACAAAAUUCAAGAAAAGGUGCUUGAAAUGUUGAUAAAACAAAAUUAGUAAAAGUUAAAAAUUAGAACAUGUUAAGGUAACAAAUAUUGCGGCCCUUGGUAGUAGACCAAAAAUAUUUUGUGGUCCUUACUAAAAGAAGUUUGCCCACCCCUGAUAUAGAGCAUGCCGCUCGUCGGCGAUCUGUUUUACUAAUUAGACUAUCAUCUUUCAGCUUUAGUUUUAUCAAUCUGGUUGUGCGAUCAUGACAACUGCUCAUGACUAGUACAUCCUUGGUGUCUUUCUAUUUACUAGCUAAAGUAACAUAUUUGCAUAGAAGCAUUUCGCAUUCACCAUGAACAUCAACCAUUUUAUUUUCAUACUAAGUUGAAUAUAAAAUAUUAAAAAUGGACGGUUAGAAGAAAAGCAAUAAAUACUAAUUUUACUAAUGCAAAAACUAGUUUGACUCUGUCUUCUGGCUAUGAGAACGCACUGCAGACAAAUAAAUGUUUUUAGAAAUGUCGGAUUUCAUAGUUUCGUUCGUAGAUUGGCGUCACCAAAUGAAUGAGCCAGUUCAUGAAAUUUUGUAAGAUCAAUAGAUUUUGUUUAAAUUUAUGUUUAAGUGGAUUUGUAACAGACGACUUGAAAUAUAUUGUAGAUUUCUACACAAUAACAAAAAUUCUUGACGACUACCAUAGCUAUACGGCUAUGACGGCUAUAAAGCACAAAUAUUGUAAAUUUGCACAAUUAUCAUAAAAAUAUUCCUUUUCUGCUCUGAACUGUUGACAAUCCUCGUCAUUUUAAAUACCAAACGUUCAGUGUACAGGGUAGCACUUUAUUUCGCCCAAAUUAAACAAUUCAAACAUUCCAAAUUUUUUAUUUUGGUAAAUGUCUUGUUUAACUUUAACGAAAUAUCGCGUCGAUUCAUCCGACUGGUUAAAAUAAAGAUCGCCCUGCUUUAUAAUUGUUUCUGGAUCGAAUUGUGAGAGUCCUUAAUACAGUAACUGUAUUUUACAUAACGGUAAUAUCAAUUAAAAAAAAGCACAGUAAAGACCAGAUAUCAAAGAUAUACACAAAAUUCCUGAAAAAUUAUUAAGAGUACACAGUAGCGAUCAACAGGUAGCAACAAACGCGUUCCAAGUUUGCGGCUGUAAUUUUAAAUAUUUUAAAUAUUCGUAAUAUAAUAAAGAAUGGCGGUACAGAGCCCAAUUUCAGAAAUAUGUUAGUAUGUGGAAAUUACUCUAUAACUAAAUAAAAUAUUGAAAAAAACGAGCCUGUACCGCCAUUAAGAAAGACAAAAAAAUAAACUUUCUUCAAAUAAACUUUUUUAUCCCGUGCCUAGAUUUUGUGUCACAUUGGAACUACUAAAAAUCGAUUUUUUUAUAACAAGAAAUCGAACGUCACUGACUUGGCAACAUUUCGCGCCGAUGUGUAUAAAAAUUAUUGUUUUUGAUAGUAUAAACGUCACUGUCAGUGUCGAAUUACCGACGAACUGUUGCCUCAUUUUUGAAAGUUCGCAGAACUUUCGCAAUCUUGGACCGCGUUUGUUGCUACCUGUUGAUCGCUACUGUUUGCUCUUAACUUGAAUCGAUUCAUUUUUUUUGGCGUAGUUUCUCUGUGUACUAACAGAUGACACCUAAUAUUGGUUUACCCUUAUACGUGCACAAUCUCAGACAGCAGCUAUCAACGUUUCAGGACAACACUUUAUCCAAACACUCUUUGAAAUAACCAUAUGACACAGCCAAAUUUGUCCACUGUCGGACAUAGGCCUCGUCAAGAUGUCUUCACCCUUCUCUGUCCUUCGCAACUGCAAUCCAGUUUGUAGCUAUUCUUUUAAUGUCGUCCGUCCAUCUGAUCGGUAGUCUUCCACGAUUUCUCUUGUCUGCCCUUGACCACCACUCUAAAAUCUUUGUCCAUCUGUUCUCUCUGUCUUGCGACGUGUCCUGGCCAUUUCCACUUCAACUUCAUUAUGCAUUUUAUGUUUUCCACUCCAGUUCUUGUUCUUUGCCAUAUCUCGUCAUUUCUUAUUCUGUCACUCAAAUUUAGGCCAAGCAUGUAUCUUUCCAUUUUUCGUUGUGCUACUUUUUUUGUGAAUUUGAUGGCCUUGGUCAAGCAAAUUAGCCAGACAUUAAUUCUGCUACUUGUAAUAAUUUUCUUAUUCUUAUUGAUGCUUUAGUCAAUGUCAGUGUUUCAGCUCCAUAAGUGAGCACCGGAAGUACGCACUGGUUAAAUGCUUUUCUUUUUAGCUUUACUGGGAUGUUUUCGAUGAAUACGUCUCUUAGUUUGCCAUACGCUGCCCAUCCUAAAGCUAUCAUCAUCAUCACUGGCUCGACAACCCUUUCUGGGUCUUGGCCUGUUCCAGGAUUCUUCUCCAUUCUGAUCUGUUUCGUGCUUUUUUCUCCAGUUUUUUAUUUUUAAGGUUAUUAUAUCAUUUUGUAUUUGCUCUAAAUAUCUCGGCUUCGGUCUUCCUCUUGUUCUUUUUCCUACUGGCAUCUGUUUGAAUAUUUUGUUUGGUAUUUCGCCUUCUUCCAUUCUUUCUACAUGUCCCAUCCAACGCAGCCGUCCUAUUUUAAUGAAUGUUAUGAUAUCCGGAUCCUGGUAUAUUUUGUAUAGUUCAAAGUUGUACCUGCUUCGCCAAAUUCUAGGUGUCCAGUGUCCAGGUUUCUGAGCCGUAUGUGAGUACCGGUCUUAUUAAGGUUUUGUAUAUUUGGCAUUUUGUUUUUCUUGCGACGUUAUCUGAUCUUAGUUGCCGAAUUAAGCCAUGGUAACUUUUAUUGGCAAUAAAUAUUCGCCUUUUCACUUCCUCCGCAGCGUUAUUAUCAGACGUGACUAGGGAUCCCAAGUAUGUAAAGUUUUUUACCCCCUCAAUGUUGUAUUCUCCUAUUGUUAUAUUUUGUGGCUGCCUUAUUUCUGCGUUUUUACUUAACUGCAUAUAUUUUGUUUUGUUCUGGUUGAUUUUAAGGCCACUAUUUUGUGCAGCUCGUUCUAUUUGAUUGAAUGCCUCUAUCAUUUCUCUUCUUGAUCUUGCGAUUAUGUCAACAUCAUCUGCAAAUGCUAGUAUUUGCACGCUUUUAUUAAUGAUUGUUCCUCGAGUAUUGAGUGUUGUGUCCCUCAUUAUUUUCUCGAGUACGAUGUUGAACAAGAUGCAUGAUAGAACGUCUCCCUGGCGUAGUCCCUUUUUCACAUCUGUUUCCGUUAGUUCGUUUUGUAUCCGGAUUUUACUUUCUACUUUUAGAGAUUCUUUUAUCAGUUCUAUUAGUUGUGUUGGUAUAUUAAAUUCUUUCAUUGCUUUUAUUAAGAAUUCUCGGUUUAUAUUGUCAUAUGCGCUUUCGAAGUCUAUGAAGAGAUGAUGUGUGUCGAUGUUAUGUUCACUUGUUUUUUCGAGGAUCUGUCGCAGAACAAAUAUCUGGUCUAUUGUUGACUUCUGUCUACAGAAGCCACUUUGGUAUUUGCCAACUAUUUUUUCAGCGUGUGGUCUAAGUCUUUCAUAAAUGACGUUGGACAUUAUUUUGUAUGCUGCAUUCAGCAGCGUAAUUCCACGGUAGUUUCCACAUUCCAACCGAUCUCCUUUUUUAUGUAAUGGUACAAUAAUACCGCUAUUCCACUCCGCUGGUAGCUGUUUAUUUGACCAUAUCUUUGUUAUCAAUUCAUGUAUUGUUUUCUGUAGUGCGUCUCCUCCUUCCUUCUAGAUAAUUCGCAUGUUUGGUUGUGUCUACCUAUCUAUUUAUACAGAUAGAUGUAUUUUUCAACAGUUUUCGAUGGUUCCAUAUGCCAGUUUUCUAGUUUCAAUGGUUCGCAAGGUACUCACACCCUUCGUAUUGUGCAUAUAAGACAAAUAAAAGCAAUAGAAACAACUUGUAGCUUGUAGGCAAAAGCAUACAAAACGGGCCUUCUACAGAUCAAUAUUGUUUAGAUGUGACAGCUAAAUUAGAUGAAUAAUGUCGCAUGGAUAGCUCAGUGGACUGGUAGAUUCACUUCGAUCUGAGUAAUUAAGUGGGUUGACUGUUCGAGCCACACAAGAAACAGAUAUUCAGCCCUCUUCUGUAACUUUUAACAAAUCGAAUAGAAAUGACCAAGUCGAAUCAUAAUUACCCUAAAUUGGAAUGUUUCGAUAUCUAUCGCGUCAUUUUCGUGUUUGGAUUGGCAUUCUGUAACUCACAUCGUAAGCAGGUUAAAUCGAAAUCGACAAUUUCUAUUUCACGCGGUCAAGAGGGGGUGGCAACCCCGCAUUGUCAAGCGAAAUUAGUGUUCUGUGACCUGUUUGUUGCUGGUUCUAAAUUUGAAAUACGACACCGUUGCCAUAUCUUCAAUUUUUCACACUAUCACAUUACAUACAGUUACAUUUUUAAAAAUAGUUUUGAAAUAACAAAAAAGAAACGUUUUGAAAAGUAAACAAUAAAAUAUUAGUGUAAAUAUUGGACACAAAAACCUCAAAAGAUGAUAAAUGGUUUUAAAUCAAAGUUAAUUAAAAUUGUUAUAAAAAAGAAGAUACCUAAACUGAUAAAUAAAAAAGAUAAAUGAGGAUAAGAUAUAUGAUGUACGUGUACGAUAUUACUAAUAAUUAUACAAUCUUUAGAUUUAAUUCAAGCUAAAAUAACUUAUAAACAACUUUUCCCAAAAACAGCGUCUUUUCUCUAAUUAUUUUCUUUUCUAUAAGCGUUGAUUGAUACAAAUACAAGUAAACUGGUAUAAUAUAUUUAUCAAUCAACGCUAUAAGUUUCUCUUUAUAUUUUAAACGUUCUUGUACAAUCUAUUCUUGUACAUUAUGCCAUUGAUUGAAAUUGUACAAGAAAUAAACAAAAAAAGUUUGGCAACACUGUGACUGGCAAACAUUCAGAAUGUGAAUUUCGGAUGCCAAAUCAAUUUUAAGGUUAGGUUUGAUGCAUACAAGUACAUGUUUAAAUUAAAUAUACAAUUCCCUAAGUAAAUACCACCACAUACUACAAAUUAAGGAGAUACAAAAGGUAAAAAUACUAUAAAUAAUGAUAAAUAAGUAGUAAUAAAUUAUUUUUAGUAGAUAUAAAAUAUAAACGUCAAAACAAAAUACAAUGCGCUUGCGUCAAGCACAAUUCCGAUUAUCGAAAUCUAAUUUCGACAGGGUAAAUGGUGUCGAAGUCAUUUCUAUUCACUAUUCCGAUUGUAGAGAUUCCGAGGGAGUUAUGGAAUAUCGAUUUUGACUAUUUCUAUUCGACUUGGCCACUUCUAUUCGAUUUUCCUGACUUCUAUCAUCGAAAUGAGUUACAGAAUAGGCAUGAUUUUCCAAAAGCAGCAAUAUUAAAUCCAAAAUGGAUAUGCGGUAUAGAAAGUAAUGACGCAGGUAACUCCAAUAAGCGGUAGAUGAAGAGUAUGGUAGAGAUAAAGUCUCACGGCUCGAUGAUCGGUCGUUCAUUAGUCCCUACUGAAUGGCGUUAAGGUAUUUAAAAACCGAAACACACAUAAAUUAUGAGAAACGUUUAAAGAAACGGAUUAUUUUAUUUGUCAUAGUCAUUGGACAUUAAAAGGUAAAAUAAAAAAAGUAUUGCAUUUACAAAUUUUAUAACUUUUUAUUGUACUCAUCUAUUAUUUUUAUCAAAAGAAGUUUAAACAAUUUUUAUUUUGCUACUAUACUUCGUUCACUCCCAACGUCGCAACUUGUCAUUGGUUAUAAAUUAAUUUGUAACCAAUGACAAGCUACCACGACACGACAAACCCACCGAUCAGGCGUAUGGAACUGGCGAGUUAGCUUAUCUUGAGAGUGAACGUAGUAAAGGUUUCGUCCCAUUGGACGUGACACAUCUGUUGAUGUAAAAAUGAAAAUGUAUUAAGGAUUUCUUGUGAUUAGAUAUAAUCAAAGUCGCUUUAUAUUAAUUUCUUCACAAAUGUGAUAUAAAAUACCUAUCAUGUAAAGUCCCUAAAUUUUGUUGUUGGUUUUUUGUAUUUGAGCAUAACUUUAUAAGCAAAAUUGAUAAUUAAGGACGUUGUAUAACUGUAAAAUAUACACCAUAUUCUUGGCCAAAUAGUACAGGAUGUGCCAGUUUUUAUUCUUUAUGAAUAUUGCAGAGUCUGUGUUAAAAAUUGUGUUUAGUAUUGCUUAUAAAAAAAGAUUUAUUUACUACCUGUUCUUCUUGUCUCCAUCCUCAUCAUUGUCCAUUGUUUUGGUCCCUCCACUAAUUAUUAUUCUUGGACUGGAGCUUUACGUCCAUUCUGUAGGCGACAUUCCACUAACCUUGUAAGUCGGAAAUUCUUUGUAGAUUCGUAGAGUUUUGCUGCAGCCGUUGAUGGUUAACUGUGUCAUAGGCGACAGUUAGGUCUACUAACGUUACACCUGUUAUUUUUUCCGUUAAAAACCAAAAUCAAUAUGUUGGAUGAGAUUAAGGGUUUAAUGAUUUAUUCAUUCUUGCUUGUUCUGGAAUAAUUUUAGUCUCCAUAGAUUCGGCGGUCAAGUUCAGUGUCACACUUUGAAAAGGUCACACAGAAGAGAGACAGGUCUAAAACUCUUUGUAUCUGCCGGACACUUCCCUGGUUUUAAUAGUGCUACCACUUUAGCUUUCCUCCAGGUUUUGGGGAUAUGUAAUGUACGGAUACAGCAAUUCAUCAUUUUUAGGAGCCACUUAACGGUUUCGGUCCAAAGUUCUUUAUUUGUUCUGUUCGUAUAUCAUCCAGGCAAGCCGUUUUAUUAUCUUUUAGUUGGUGAAUCACGCCUCUACUCUCCUCCAGACAAAGAGAGGUACCUAGAACAUCUCUUUCUUCGUCGAUAUUUAGUUCUACUCUCCUCUUGUUCUACUCAAAUUGAUGCAAAGGGCCCACCAACACAGAAACAAACACAGAUGACCACCAACAGAGAUGUAAACGCAAUAUAAGAUAAACACUUUAUGAUUUGCAACAAAAGAUAAGAGAAUGGAUGCCAGAAAUUCAGUACCGACACAUUUGCAGUAUAUUCAAUCAACAUUGGAGAUUAUUUGAGAAGAUAUUUGUAACGUAGUACAUACAGUUGUUCUCUUACAUUGAACGGUAAAAAAACAGACCAAAAAUACAAUGAUUUUGUUAAAUUCUCCCUUCAUCCGUAUUAAUGGCACAUCCUGUAUGCUUCAAUUGUAUUAGUCGACCUGUUUGUGUUGAUUUUGUAUCAUACAUAUAAAAAACCUUGAGAUAUGGACUUGGCUGUAAAAGUAUCUCCAAUUUCCACCUCUAAUCUAAACCUUAGUAGAGCCUCCAUACAUCAAGAUUUGUAUGUAAACUUGUCAACUAAUAUAAUAACACUUAUUCUUAUGAAUAUUUUAUUCUAAGUACACUUGAACUAUUUAGUUUAAAUAUUUAUUUUGUAAGAUAUACUGUUACGGCUUUUUAGUUGUUUAAUAUGUUGUACAUAGGCCUUUUUUCUACUUUUUUUUUCGGCGGAAACCCUAAAUUGUACACUACUAACAUGUACAUAAUAUAUUUAUAAAGUGUAAAAAUGUAUAAGAGAAAUAUUUUUAUAUACAUAUUUAAAAAUUUGUUAAGUGUAAUUAAAAAUUUUAUUACUUGGCAAA